UAGUAAGCCGUGGUGCCGUGUCGCAACCGCUCGCCACUGAUAGCUCCUGGCAUCGUUUUUAAUUGAAUUUGAAAAAAAACUUAAUUUUCAAAACAUGAAUCGUUGGCGAAAUCGCGUGGCUGUGGUAACCGGUGCGAGCUCGGGCAUUGGUGCCGCCUGUGCCAAGUUAAUUCUGGCCCAGGGCAUAAAGGUAGUGGGCAUCGCGCGCCGCUCCCAGCGCUUGGAGGAGCUCAAGCGUGCCCUACCCAACAACCAGCAGCAACUCUUCCACUUCAAGCAGUGCGACGUAGCACAGGCAAGGCAGGUGAAUGCCGCAUUUGAUUGGAUCGAGCAGGAACUGGGCGGCACUGACAUACUCAUCAACAAUGCGGGCAUUCUACGCGAAGGCAAUCUGGUGGAUAUGCCUAUUAGUGAUGUACUCGAUGUUGUAAACACGAAUUUAUUGGGGUCAGUCUAUUGCCUGCAAAAUGCUUUCAAAAGCAUGCGAAAGCGCGCCUAUCCGGGACAUUUGAUAUUCCUUAAUAGCACAGCCGGCUUGCCGGGCUACAGUCCAGGCAUGGAAGAGCCCAGCUUAAAUAUUUAUACACCAACAAAGUUUGCUUUGAGCGCGAUUAAUGAGAUUUGCCGAUAAGAGUUGAUAACGCUAAAAGCAAAAGUCAAGACAACGAACAUCAGUCCCGGCUGGGUCUCCACUGAAUUCGUGUCAGACGAGUCCAAGGCGCAAUUGGGUGAUGUGAUUCUGCAGGCCGACGAUAUUGCCAAUGCGGUCAUCUAUGCGCUUUCCACGCCGCCGCAUGCACAGGUGCAAGAGAUUACGCUGCGCGCCUUGGGCGAGUGGUUCUGAAGUGGUGCAGUGGUGUGUGUGUGCAUGUGAAGAGGAUUCCUGCAAAAUGUGGGACUAGGUUAAAUACUAGUACAGGACCACCACGCUACCUUGUAACCAACCAGGUCAGCAUACCUGGUCCUCCAAUGAGUAAAUGGGACAGAAGCAAAGGGGUAGGAGAGCCAACAAUCACACACUGAAGAAUAAUGCGAACGCACACUCACCCAUACAUACACACUGAAACAAACUGUUAUUAUGCUCGUCGUAGCUUGUUUAUAUACAAACUUACAUAUAUGCCUCGUGGUAUUUAUUUUUACCUUAAACGAAAUGAAAUUAUGUUUGUUGUUGUUGCUUUUUGUUUCUAUUGUUUACUUUGUAUUUGUACCACCGCGAACUACACAAAAUUUUAGCCAGUUUCCGUCUGCGGCCAAGCUGAUUGUUUUCAAACGAUGAAGUCAUUAAAUUGUCAUCACCUGGUAAUCAUAAAAUCUUAUUAUGUAUAUGUAUUUGUUGCUCUCGCAGCUAUUGAUAUUGUUUGCGGGCGAUAAGUGCCCUCCAAUAAGCAAAUUAUGUACGUAGUUAAUAGCAACAGGCGUUUCAUGUGAAAUUAAUUAGAGGCGAGUAGAGAGUGCGAGCGAAAAACAAAUCAGAGCGUGAAACAACAAGUGUGCCGCUUGUGGGCUAAUUGCAACAAUAAUAGAAAUUUCGCAGCAAUUGAAUUAUGCUGACUGUUCUAUUGACAAUAAAUGUCAGCUCUAAGCGAUUAAAUAAUUCAAACAGGCAGUUAAAGGAGACUAGUUAAAAACAAA